AUGAGUCCAAGAAAGAGAAAGCUACUCACACCAGCGUCCGAAUCUGAUGUCCCAUCCAAGCAGCAGCAGCAGCAGCAGCAAGCAUCCUCUAGCUCAGUGGAACCUCUAGCGUUCCCCAAUGGGAAUGCCAAGUACAAUCGCAUCCACUAUGCCUGCUCAGAGUGCUACCGUCGCAAGCAAAAGUGCAAUCGACAGAGGCCAUGUCAGCAUUGUCUGACGCGCAACAUUGCACACAAAUGUAAGGACUACAUACCCUCCAACAGCAAUCCCGACUCAAACACGGAAUCAGUGUCCAGGCUGUCCAGGUUGGAACGACUUCUCGAAGACUAUCUUCCCAGAAUCUUGCAUCGCGUCGAAUCAGCGUCAUUGCAUGCGUCCUCGAACGCCCUGCACUCGACCACGGCUCCUAGGGAUCGACUCGCUUGGCCUACAUCUCAGCUUGCCCUACCACGCAACAAUCCAACGCAAUCGACUAGUGCAACCGCUUCAACCUUGGCAGCCAAUGGAACUACUGUCGAUCAACUCGAACCCCAAGGCAGACUCAGUCCCGAGACCGGUCUCUACAAUGGCGGUCCAACGAGUCACAUCACCUCUCUUCUUGGCGGUCUACCAGGCAGUCCACCUCGGAUCCAGGCCGUCCACCUUCCGAUCCGUACAACGCGACCAACGUCCGAUUUCGAUGAUGCAAUGAUCAAGCAUGGAAGACCCUCGCCUCCUUGCCUCCUUCGUAUGAGCUGCUUCAUGCUCUCAUCAGCCGAGAUCACUGCAUCAUUCUUCUCCAACAUUACUUUGACAACAUCAAUUGGAUGCAUCAACCCUUCCCACACAGGCGCACGCGAAAGUCUCUUGACGACUUUCUCCAGUCCGAGCCCACCAUCACGAUCCAAAACAUCAACAUCUUUGCCGUCUUGUGCGGCGUCACAGAGGUCACAGAUCGCCCGAAGGUACCACUAUGCUGCACGAAGAGCAUUGCUCAUGAGCUCCUUUAUGGGUCGCGAGGAUCUCGAUCUCAUUUUUGCAUGGGUCCUCUCCUGUCAUUUCCUCACCGUGGAUCGUCACUAUGGCGAAGCAUUCGCUUCAGGCGCCUCAGCGAUUCGAGCCGCAUUUUGCAUCGGCCUUCAUCGAGACGGAACCAAGCUCGGACUUUCGGAAGAGGAGGUCGAAAUUCGCCGAAGGUCAUGGGCCGCAAUCUUCUGCAUCGAUCGUUCCAUGGCUGCCGCUACAGGACGUCCAGCUUUGAUUGACGAGCUAUUCUGUGACACGCAGGAAUUGGACGAUCAAGCCACUUGGCAUCUACCGCUCGAGAGUCUUCCACUUGCACAAACUAGCCUAACCAGUCCCUCCCCAACAACGUAUACCCUCACCUUCUAUCGCUACGGUUUGGCUAGAUUGGAAGGUCAAGUCGCUGUCCUCUCUCAGCGCCUUGAUGGCCCUGUAAGCAUCGAAAGUGUUCUUGCGCUUGAUUCAAAAAUCGUCGAGUACCAGAAUGCUCUGCCUUGGUACUUCAAGGCGAAACUGGUUAAAGAUGGAAUCCGAUGCGAUAAGUCGCUCGACACGGUGCAUUCCUUUUUGCUGACACAUCGAUAUCUCAUCAAUUCCAACAUCGAUGGUCUUCGCAUAGCACUCCAUCGACCUUAUAUGAUUCGAACCAAUGACGCAGCGAGUGGUGCCAGACUUGCAGAAUGCCGCAAACGCUGUCUCGAAGCUGCUUUGCACCAAGCAGAGAUCCUGCGCGACAGUGUUCGAGAUCUGCGGACCUCUAUCCAAUGCCCCGCCUCGAGGCUUGUUUGGCGAGUGCAAGUCGGAACGCACAGUUGGUUCGAGGGUCUGCUCAUCUGUGGACUUGGCCUACUCAUGAACCCCCGAGCAUCCAACGCGGCCAGGCUCAAGUCUCAUCUAGAAUACUAUCUUCACGAAUAUCACGAGAGAGGCUUUAUCGCUGACGAUGAAAUGUGUGGAAAGGAAGCCAAGGUCCUCGCCUUGUUCCUCUCUCGACUUGAGGAGCAGCUAUCCGACAACGCCGUUCCCCCUUUUGCUCGUCAGAAUGAUCAAGCUUCGACUACAGCCAUGCGUGCCACUAGUGGCGACCCUGCAGCUCCUCCGCAGGCCCGACGACCCCAAUACGAUUCAAAUUUGCUGGCGCCAGCUUUGACCUCACCGCUGGAUACGGCUUCAGAUUCAUCGCCGAAUGAUCAAGCUUCGACUACAGCCAUGCGCGCCACUAGUGACGACCCUGCAGCUCCUCAGCAGGCCCGACGACCCCAAUACGAUUCAAAUUUGCUGGCGCCAGCUUUGACCUCAUCGCUGGAUACGCUUCAGAUUCAUCGCCGAGGGGGGUCUAUGCAGCAGAUUCUGCUUAUGCUGCUGCACAAGCAGACGAGACACAACCACGGUCAUUCCUCAGCAACAGAUGCGAGAUCUAGCUGCACAGAUGGCACUGAUCGAAAUGCGACAACCUACAGAACAUACGAACCUGGUAAAGCACAAGGUUGGGCCCAUGAAAUGGUCGAUUUAUUUGCCGAGCCCUUGGACGAGGUUUCUGCUGGGCCCGGGAUCAGCCAAACGUGCAAGACAGCAGCACAUCCACCUUCCACAUUUGCUCCGCUAGCCACGAGCGGAGUCUCGAUGGCAUUUGGCAGCCUCAGCGACGCCUCUGCGGCGAUCACCGCUACUACGGCCGGCCUUCACAAUCCGAAUUUCGAUCCAGCCUACUGGCAGGACUUGAUCGACAAGAUCCUUUCUUGA